AUGCUACCUAAUUUAAUUAAACCGGACAUAAAACCAAGAUCAUUUUCCCUUAAUGUAGAUUAAUACUGGUUAAAGCAUAAAGCAAAAAGGAAUAAUUCCCACUACUCUUAUAAAAUAGUAGAAAAACUUCAUUCUUAACCUACAUCUAAUGGGAAUAUAAAUUUAGUUCCAUAAAAGGAAAUAUCAGGGUCGUUAAUAAUUAUUAUAGCGAAUGUCGAAGCCUUUUUAAAAGAAAUAGCAUCAAAUCAUAAAUAUUAAUAGUUCUUAAAGUUCAAGGAUUUUCUAAAUGAUAAAUAGGUUACUUAAUUUUUUCAUUACAUAUCGAAUUUUCUGAUAAAUUUGUAGUGCUCUAUUUUUGAACAUCACUAUUGUACUUUCUCACAAAAUAAUAAGGCUAUUGAUAUUGUAACAGCGGACAGUAAAACAGUUUAUGAAGUUAUUACAGAGUUUUUACAUCGUCAUCAAAAAAACCAUGAAAACAUAUAUAUUUAUGGGGGAGAUUUUCAAUUGAUACAUAAGUCAGAGUUUCGAUAAAUUAUUUAUAUUUCUGGAACAAGGAUUGAAAAAUAAAUUAAUAAAGAUGUCAAAAUGAAUGAUAAAAUAUUCCGAUUUAAAACUUAAAUAUAAUGUUAAUUAAACGAUACUAAUUCAGACGAUGUUCUAAUAGAUCAUAGAGUCUAUCAAAUUGGUAUGCAUAAGAAGAACAAAGAGAUUAAAUAGUAUUUACAAUAAUAAAAUAAUGAGAAAAGAGAAUUUGUUACAAAAUAAGGGAAAUCAAAAGAAUUACAAAUAAAGAAGAUUAGUAGUAGUUAAAAAGAGAAAAAAAUAGAUUUGGCUUAAGAAUUGCCAUAAAUUUGUGAUUAAAUUUAUGAAAAGUUUAAAAGGCUAUUUCACAUAGAAUAUAUUAUUGUAGAUAGAGAUGUUUUCUCUUAAUUUUUAUUGCUUUGUGAGCUCAGUAUCUACUAUUCCAAAAAUUUAACUCUAUAAUAAUAAAUUUCUAGAUUGAAUGACGACAAUGAGAAAUUCAGAUUACUUAUAAACAAUGUGCUUUAUUUUGAAUUCAAGAUUCUAAAGAGUAUGAAUCUAAACUUAUAGAAAUUGCAAAAUAGUGUAACACAAACUUUAUUGAAAUUUAUUAACCAAGAUACAAAAUGUUCAGAUGCUUUAAACAAAAUAUACUGGAAUGCAUUUUUGAGAUUCAAGACAUUUUAUAUAGACUAAAAAUGGACGAGCAGCGAUUUUCGUUACUUUUUACUUCUACUUAACGAAGAAUCUCCAUUAACCUUAUAGAUAUACUUGUAACUACCUCUAAGAGAAUUAUCCAAGACAAUUUUCUCACUCAAUGAAGACCUACUUUAAUAAAUAGUAUGGCAAAUUUUAUAUACUAAAUAAUGA